AUGUUUAAGAAACGUGUGGUUAAAAAGGACACUAUUCGUCCAGUAGAAAAACGUAAAUUUGAAGUUUCUGACUCUGACCAUUCAGACACCGAAAUUCAACCUUCUCUUGAUGGUAAAGAAGUUAAACCCAUCAGUGGCAAAGGAGGGUUCCAUGGAUUGAAAAAACCUAGAAAAGAUAAACUUGAGUCAAAGAUUGAAGAAAAUGGGUCUGGGCCCGUACAGCUUGAGUCUGUUGAAGAGAAAAAGCCAACUGAAGUAACAGGACCACUCAAGGCCAUUCCAGCUAAUAUAAAAACUACUACAAUUACUGAUUUCCAACCUGAUGUAUGUAAAGAUUACUUACAAACAGGAUAUUGUGGUUAUGGAGAUACUUGUAAAUUCCUCCAUGUAAGAGAUGAAUCAUUUCAAAAGAAAGCUAUUGUUAAAGAAUGGCAAAAUGUUCAACAAAAGAAGAGUACAACUGAUACAUCAUCAACGAUACCUUAUAGAUGUGUAAUUUGCAAGAAGGACUAUACAAAGCCAGUUAAAAUUAAUUGUGGACAUAUUUUUUGUCAAAAAUGUUUUUUGGAUACAUACAAAAAGAAACCAAAUUGUAAAAUAUGUGGUAAAGAUACACAGGGGACAUGUAUGCCUAUUCUGGCAAAGGAACUUGAAGAAUUAAUCAAGUAG